AUGGGUGAGGGCGGUGGAGACGGCGAAUUCCCGCCAAAAAAGGACGGUGUUGAAGAGUCUGGUUUUCCGGCGAAGAAGCCAGCGCGGCAACUCGACUUCACUGGUGGCUCCGAUGAACAUUCAGUGUCUAAACCUGCUCCUACCGUCGUCGCUACGGCGACCAAGACCAUCGUCACUCCCCCCGCUCCUUCACCAGCGGCGGCAGCUGCAACACCGACGACUCGUCCUCCUCCGCCGUUGGGAAUCGGUCAGGUACGACCAUUGGUGACGCCAAAUCCGCCGUCGCAAUCACAAAUCUUCAACGCUCCAAUCAGGCACCCAAAGCCGGAAUCUCCAAAAGCUAGACCAAGGCCUCCUAUAGUGGAAGGUAGAGAUGGAACCCCUCAGAAGAAGAAACAGUGUAACUGUAAACACUCACGCUGCUUGAAGCUGUAUUGUGAAUGCUUUGCAUCCGGAACAUAUUGUGAUGGUUGUAACUGUGUCAAUUGUUUCAACAAUGUUGAAAACGAACCUGCAAGACGAGAAGCUGUGGAAGCAACUCUCGAGCGGAAUCCAAAUGCCUUCAGGCCUAAAAUUGCUAGCAGCCCACAUGGCGUGCGGGAUAAAAGGGAGGAGAUUGGUGAAGUUGUGCUAUUAGGGAAACAUAACAAAGGAUGCCACUGCAAGAAAUCGGGAUGCCUCAAGAAGUAUUGUGAGUGCUUCCAAGCAAACAUUCUUUGUUCAGAGAACUGCAAAUGCUUGGAUUGCAAAAACUUUGACGGAAGUGAAGAGAGACAAGCUUUGUUUCACGGUGAACAUGCCAACAACAUAGCUUAUCUCCAACAAGCAGCGAAUGCAGCCAUUACUGGAGCUGUUGGUUCCUCUGGCUUUGCCCCUGCUCCAGCACCUAAGAGAAGGAAAGGUCAAGAUAUUUCGUUCAACCAAGGAAACAAAGAUUCACCGACGCAUCGACUUGGACAGUUUCCACAGGCAAAUAAUGGAAGAGCUAGUGGUCCAAGCUCAGGCACAUCUCCCUCACCUGUUUCUCGUCCUGGUGGCAAUGCUCAAUCAAAGUCACUCUUAGCAGAUAUAAUCCAACCGCAGGAUGUGAAAGCACUUUGCUCUGUCUUGGUCGCUGUAGCUGGAGAAGCAGCAAAGACAUUAACAGAGCAAAGAAAUGAAACAGAAAGUCGAGUGAAAGAUCAAACAGAAACUUCUUUAGCUACUACUGCACAAGAUCAACCCCAAGGCAAUAAAGAUGCAGCUGAUGUGGAGAUGGCUGAAGCUGAUGAGAAUCAAGCUGACAAGCCUGUCCCAGAGGAUUCAAAUUCAGAUGGAGCCGACGCCUCUAAAGGAAAGCCGCUAUCUCCAGCAACUUUGGCUUUGAUGUGUGAUGAGCAAGACACUAUCUUCAUGGUAGCAUCAGCUACACCUAAUGGCUCGGUGGACCCCGGUGGCUGCGGAACAAACUCGCAGGGCCAGUCAGAGAUUUACGCAGAGCAGGAGAGAGUGGUAUUAACCAAAUUCAGAGAUUGCCUUAGUCGACUUAUCUCUUACGCAGAAAUAAAAGAAUCAAAGUGUUUAUCUUUAGCAAGAAGGCAUAUACAGUCACCCGCAACUCCAACCGCAACCGCGACUGUGAAAAUCGAGAAUGGGAUUGAGCUUGUGAAUGGAGGAGCUUCACGAGCCGCUACUCAACCCACGGUCAACAAACCGCAGCCUUUGCAGGUUACGACCACAACAAAUACCUCAAACACUCAACAUCCUCACAAACCUCCAGCUUUAUCAGAGAAGAAAGACAUCUGA